UGACUUCGACCUUUGUAGAAGUUUCAAGAACACCUACUAAAGUGAAGAUUAUGAAUAACUCAAAAAGAUUGAAUGAUUGAUAUGUGUAAGAAAUAAUUUUAAUCAAACCAGGAAAGCAUCAAAAUUAUGCUGCGUGACUACCGCGAAUUGCCUCAGAACUACAAAUAUGACAGAAUUAUUUGUUGUGAGAUGCUAGAACAUGUCGGCCAUGAAUUUAUGGAGGAAUUCUUUUCUUGUUGUGACUCUAUGCUAGCAGAAAAUGGGCUUCUUAUUCUACAGUGCACAUUCUUUCCGGAUGAGCGUUAUGAUGAGUAUAGAAGUUCAGACUUCAUAAAGGAGUAUAUUUUUCCGGGUGGAUUGUUACCUUCAUUAAGUAGGGUAACAUCAGCUAUGGUUGCUUCUUCCAGGUUCAGUGUGCAGCACUUGGAAAACAUUGGAAUUCAUUAUUACCAAACACUAGGAUAUUGGAGAAAAACAUUCUCGGAGAGACAUAGUGAAAUACUAGCUCUUGGAUUCGAUGAAAAAUUCAUUCGGACAUGGGAGUAUUAUUUUGAUUAUUGUGCGGCAGGAUUCAACUCUUGUACUCUUGGAAAUUACCAGAUUGUGUUUUCACGUCCCGGUAAUGUUCUUGAAUUCAGCGAUCUAUACAAGGGUUUCCCUUCAGCAUAUUGAUUGUUCUGCAGAGUCUAUGUUGAGAACAAACUGUUGCUGAACAAAAAUGGUGUACAGAUGGCUUAUCUCUUGUGUUGGAUUUGUAUAAGCUUCCAUGAAAAACUACCGUCUUUCUAUAUAUUUUCUAUUAUUUGCUUUAUCAAACUGUGGUCUUCUUGUAUCAUAAUUCCAUUGCUUGGAAUUCAAGUUAUCCGAUCCAUUAAAUCUGGACAAUUCUUAGGAAAAUAUCGAUCCCACUUCCUUAUGAAAUGGAUGGUAUGGAACAAAACCAAAUAGGAACUAAUUUUCUUGAAGCAUAAGAAACUUAAGGAUGCAUGUGAAGA